CUGUGCAGUCAGACAGACAUGAUGACAGAGAGAAAGACGGACAACCUGAGGAGCCACAUGAGAAGGACGAUGUGAUUUUUCUUCCUGCCAUUAGUCUCUGUCUGCAGCUGUUUUGCACCUAACACGGUUUGCUUUUGAGUCCAGGUGUUCUACAAACUAUCAGGAGAGUGGCGUGUUGCGCUCUCCCUGGCCUAGCAUGGACAGCAGUGACCCAAAUGAAGACAAGAGGGGCGGCAGAAGGAAAGAGGGCGACGGGGAGAAAGACAAACAGCUGAAGAACCAGCUCAACAUCGAGGAGAAAGGAGAGAAGGAGGUCAAAGGGAACGAGAAAGAGAAGAAGAAAGAGAGCCGGCGUUCUGGGUCUCUGUGGAGGAAUGGGUGGGCGUUGAGUGAAAGACUGGCCAUCAACGUCUCAGGGAUGCGCUAUGAAACCCAGCUUCGUACUUUAGCCCAAUUCCCCGACUCCUUGCUUGGGGACCCCAGGCGGAGGUCGCGCUACUUUGACCCACUUCGAAACGAGCUCUUCCUGGACCGCAAUCGGGCCUGCUUCGACGCCAUUCUGUACUUUUACCAGUCAGGCGGGAGGCUUCGGAGGCCCGCCAACAUACCCCUGGACAUCUUCAUGGACGAGCUGCUGUUCUAUGAGCUCGGGGAGGAGAUCAUGAGCCGCUUCAAGGAGGACGAAGGCUUUCCGAAAGAGGAGGCAAGCCCGCUGCCAUCCAACGAAAUCCAGAGACGACUGUGGAUGCUGUUUGAGCACCCCGAGUCCUCCUCGGGGGCGCGAAUCAUAGCCAUCAUCAGUGUGAUGGUCAUUGUGGUGUCCAUCCUCAUCUUCUGCCUGGAGACGCUGCCCGACUUCAGGAAUGAGAAAGAGACUCGAGAGGAAUAUUUUUACAAGUACCACUCCCAGGCAAAGAACGUAUCGGAGAACAUGCCUCCUCCACAAAGUGUUUUCCAUGACCCCUUCUUCCUGGUGGAGACCAUAUGUAUAUGCUGGUUCUCCUUCGAGCUCCUCAUGCGCUUCACUUGCUCGCCCAGCAAGAUGCGCUUCUUCAAGGACGUCAUGAACAUCAUCGAUUUCAGUGCCAUCUUGCCCUAUUUUGUCACUCUGGGAACAGAGCUGGCCAAGGACAACGAUGCUUCUCCAGCCACAUCCCUUGCCAUCAUCAGAGUCAUCAGGCUGGUGAGGGUGUUCAGGAUCUUCAAGUUGUCUCGUCACUCUAAGGGCCUCCAGAUCCUUGGUCAGACGCUGAGGGCCAGCAUGCGCGAGCUGGGCCUGCUUAUCUUCUUCCUGUUUAUUGGCGUCAUCCUCUUCUCCAGCGCCAUCUACUUCGCUGAGGCUGACCACACCAACACGGCCUUCAUCAGUAUACCCCAUGCCUUCUGGUGGGCAGUCGUCACCAUGACCACAGUGGGCUAUGGGGACAUGUACCCAGAGACAGUGUGGGGAAAGAUGGUGGGCUCGAUGUGCGCCAUCGCUGGCGUGCUGACCAUCUCGCUGCCAGUGCCCGUCAUAGUGUCCAACUUUAGCUACUUCUACCAUCGGGAGACUGAAUGCGAGGACCGAACCGAGUACACCCAUGUCCAGACUGGCCUGUGGCACGACGAGGAGCCAGAAGGGGAGGAAAUAGAGGAAGGAGAUGGGGAUCCGGAGGGAGAUUAUUAUGCCAUUGAAGGUAUCUGCAACCCUUUGAAUGGGACCUUGCUGGGUGGACUGUGUACAGGGCAGAGCACAGAGUUCAGAGGAGGAAAUAUGUAUCUGAGGGAACCACUGGUUACUCAAGUGUAGGGAGGAUGAGUGUUGAUUUGUACCAUUUGACAAAGACACAAUAUGAUAAAGUAAAUGAAGCAGAAUGAGUCCUGAAGAAAGAAACUGACCAAGAGAAAAUGGCAAAUCAUGAAGUAAAACCAUAAAUAUAGGGCUAAGAUGGCCACUAAAUGCUUUUUGCUGCCUUCCCUUGUUCAUUUCUAGGUAUUUAUUACAGUGCUCGCCAGCCAAAUGUUGCUGAAAGGCAAUUUUUGUAGAAUAAAGCUUUAAAAAAGCAAGACAAGAGACAGCGAGUUUUAUAUUCUCAGGGUCAUGAUAUAAAUAUAACAUGAGCUGUCAUUUAUUAAUGCUAUCAGCUUGUGUUAGAGAUGAAAAUGACUUUCUGUGCCUCGAAACUCCGACGUCUUAGUGUACUGUCACUUUGUGGCUUAAUGUGUGAAGUGGAAGCAGAUAGAUUAUUGGCAAUAUAGAUGUCAUGUCUCAUCAAAACCCGACCAUACGCCGGCAGGGCCGUCAUUGCGGACAGGCUGGGAUCGCUCGUAAACCAACCCCCACAUUCUCAACAUUCUUCUGUAAGUUAUGUACAAAGUUCACAUUUGUGUAGUUUCGGCUGAUGUGGCCUGAA